AUGCGAGUACCCGUAGCCGAAAGCGUCGGCGAAAUUGUUCUUCAAGUGUGCAGUUCCAUAAAUCGGCAACAGUAUCUACCCAAGAUGCCGACAAGGACGGAGCUCUCAAAUGUUUUCGACUCAAAUCUUCCGGAUUGUCAACCGUAUCUCUUCAAAGUCUGUCGCACUCCGAUUAGACCA